GAUAGUGAGUCCCAAUAAAUACUGGGACCCACAGUGAAGUCAAUAGUUUUAAUUAUCAAAUCUAACUUUUAAAUUUAUUUUUUAAAUUUAUAUAAAAUUGCUUGUAUAUAAAUAGCAACAAAUUGAUCGUAUAUAAAUAGCAACAAAGCUUUAAGAAUGACGAACACAAGAGGACGAAGGAGAGCAAGGUAAUGGAGAAGAGUGGGAGGCAUUUUGUGCUGGUUCAUGGAGCUUGUCAUGGGGCAUGGUGUUGGUAUCGGGUGGCGACGCUGUUGAGAGCGGCGGGUCAUAGAGUCACCGCCCUCGACCUAGCUGCUUCUGGGAUUAACCCAAAGCAGCUGUAUGAGCUCCAUACCAUCUCAGACUACCUCGAGCCAUUGUUGUCAUUCAUGGCGGCGCUACCAUCGGAAGAAAGGGUUGUUUUGGUGGGGCACAGCGCCGGAGGGAUUGCCAUUUCAGUUGCUAUAGAAAGGUUCCCUCAAAAAGUUGCUGUUGCCGUUUUUGCCACCGCUUUCAUGCCUGGUCCUGACCUCACUGUUCAAGCUAUCCUUGAUGAGACGGUUCAAGGAUUGGACUAUUACAUGGACAGCAAAUUGACAUUCGACCAAGAGCAGCGUGUAACCUCUGUCUUAUUAGGCCCCAAGAAGUUAUCAACCAAGUUGUAUCAACUCUCUCCACCCGAGGUGAGUGUUUCCCUAAGAUCUUAAAUAUAUACAUAGUUGUGCGUGCUGGAUUUUGCAUAAUAUAAAAACGAGAACAGAUCUCUCCUUUGGUGAACUCGAAUGAAUCGGUGGAGUGAUCAGCCACGCUGCUUGGAACAGCUUGUGAAAUCCUGUGGUAACCUAAAACGGUAAUGGGAGACCCUCGUGGAUCAAAGGAACGAUCCAGUAAGGCUGAAGAAAGAUUCCUGGAACAAAGAAGAACAAGUUAGAAGGGCGCCGGAGUGUUUUCUGGCGUAUCCCCUCCGACGGUC